AAUAAAAAAUAAAAUGGCUAAACAUAAUAAUGGAGGGAGUAUUACCCUCCAAAUCAUUAAUAGUAUCGUUCGAUUCACUUAAAUAUUUCCUAUUUGGUCCCUCCAUCACCGACGCAACUUCCCUUUCGAUCUUCCUUCCUCCGAUCAUUAUCUAGGGUUCCGAUGAUCUCAUCUUCAAUUUUAAAUUCGAUCACUGAACCUUCAUCUCCAACCGAACCAGGACCGGUUCGAACCGGAACCGGAACAGCCGGUUCAGAUCACUUCAUAUCCCGGUUUACCAGCUCAGCAACUGAUUGCCAUGGGUUCUGGCACGAUGCGGCACUGGUGUUACCGACGGCCUUGUUCGUAGUGUACUUAGGGUUUCAUGGUAGGAGUAAUGUUAAGAAGCUCACUCAGCGUCGCUCGUAUGUUAUGAUUGGAUACUAUGGAUUUUUAUGGUUUGCUGCUCUUCUAAAUCUUGCUUGGUGCUUUCUUCAGGUAUGGCAGUGCACCCCAGGGAAGCAGGUGGCUUGGAAUCUCUUGUCAUUGUUUGGAACGUCUGCGAUGUUAUUUCUGGAGAUUAGCAUAGUGGCAUUCUUACUUCAGGAGAAUUAUGCAAGCUGUUUGGAAACUUUAACACAUACUUUCAUGGUUUCAGGCCUUUUUGUCGGUGCAGAUUUAUUGUUAAAGGUAAUUUUUAUAUUUGGAUUUGGUGUUCCACUUUUCCUUGACGGGGAAAUAGCUGAUAGGGGAAAGUGGGGUGUCUGGUUCAUCAACAAGCUUCUUCUUACUGCAGCUUAUGGCUACAUAUUAUUUGUGCAUUUCUCAAAGUGGAGAGAUAAGUUGCCUCCACGGCCAGCCUUCUACAAUUAUGUCAUCGUCAUGUUUGCAAUCACUGCUGUAAUGUUAUUUGCCUGUGGGCUUGCAGGCAUUAGGGUUGGCGUUGGACUUUGGUUGUAUAAUUUGGCAGUAGUAUGUUAUCACUCCCUUUAUCUUCCAUUUCUUUAUGUGACGUUCCUGGCUGAUUUUUUCAAGGAGGAAGAUUGGCUUCUGGACUGUGCUUACUACUCAGAGAUGAGAGAUGCAGGAUUUUUUGAUGCAGACUGGGAGUAAGCUUGUAAAACUGGUAGACAAAUAAGCAAUUCCACUUUGUAAUUGUAAAUAUUAACUGGCAGGUUCUGUGACAAACAAAACCAAUAUUUAUUCAAGUCAUUGGAUGGACUAGCUGACACUUAUUUGCUGGUUGAAA